AUGAUUAAUUUGACUAUGAUUAUUGAGUAUAAUUAUCUUCUUUUUUUAGAGGCUGUUGAAUAUAUCAUAAAUCAUUCUGAAGUUCCAAUUGUGGUUGCUGGCGCUAAUCACAUCCCUGAACUUAUUCGAAUUGCGCCAAAGAUUCCCGUAAUGAAAGUAAUUAUUUCAAUGGAUGAAUUUGACGACGGUGCCGCUGCACCUGCGCCUAUUGAUUCAGUUUCUACUGGAAAAAUUUUAAAGGCGUGGGCACGUGAUAAUGGCAUUUUAUUAUUGGACUUUAAUGAGGUUGAAAAAUUGGGCCAACAACAUCCUCGUAGACAUAAUCCUCCUUCUCCGAGUGAUCUUGCUUUUAUUUGUUAUACUUCAGGUACAACUGGUACUCCAAAGGGUGCUAUGCUUACUCAUUCAAAUUGCAUCGGUGCGAGAAACGGCUUCGAUUUGUCCUGGAGGGUUUUUCCAAAUGAUCUUGCUCACGUAUUAGAACUUGGGGCUGAAAUGCUAAUGAUUUCCGGCGGUGCCAGUAUCGGUUACUUUCGUGGUGAUGUACUUAAUCUUAUUGACGACAUUGCUGAACUUAAACCUACCAUUUUUCCUUCUGUUCCGCGUUUGCUUACGCGUGUGCAUGCUAAACUUCAACAAAAUACCGUGUAUGCUCCUGGAAUUAAAGGCGCAUUAUCACGUAAAGCUAUUGCUGCAAAACUUCAAAAUUUAGAGGAUGGAAAAGGUUAUACUCAUGCCUUUUGGGAUAGAAUUAUAUUCAACAAGAUAAAACAAGUUCUAGGCGGUCGUGUAAGAGUAAUUCUUACAGGCUCUGCUCCUAUAGGUCCUGAAAUAUUACAAUUCUUGAGAGUUGCUUUUGCUUGUGACAUAGCUGAAGACUUUUUCUUAAAUUUAUCCUUCAUUUUAGGUUAUGGACAGACUGAAGGUGUUGCUGCUGCGACUAUUACCUUAGAGGGUGAGAAUAAAGUUGGACAUGUGGGAGAUGUACCAGAGAUGAAUUAUUAUUCAACUGAUAAACCUUAUCCUCGCGGUGAACUUUGCUAUCGCGGUCCAAAUAUCUUUGUUGGUUAUUAUAAAGAUAAUGCUAAAACAAAAGAAACAAUUGAUUCGGAAGGAUGGCUUCAUAGUGGUGAUGUUGCAUACCUCGAAAAUGAAUAUGUGAAUUCAAACUUGAUACUUCAAAUAUUUGUCCAUGGUGAUUCUCUUCGCAAUUAUCUUGUUGCUGUUGUUGUACCGGACCCUGAAACUUUUGUACCGUGGGCAAAUGCAUUGACCAACCAAAACGUUUCGUUGGGUGAUGAAAAAGGAUUAGAAAUUCUUGUUAAUGACAAAACUGUGAAAAGUGCUUUUUUGGAGCAUAUGAAUGAGAUUGCAAAACAAUCGAAACUUAAAGGUUUUGAAACUGUUAAAGCCAUUCAUCUCUCUGGUGUUCCAUUCUCAAUUGAAAACAACCUUUUGACUCCAACCCAAAAUAAGUAUGGUGAAGAAAUUGCGAGGUUGCGAGUAGCUGAGGGGUACGUGAAUCGAGCAUUUGAUCAACGUAAAAAUUUAAGAGAAGCUGUAAUAAAAGAUUUAGAGUCAUUACAUACAGUUGUUACUUCAAAUCUUAGCCGUGCUGUAAAAGAUAAUGAUAUUAUAUAUUUAAACACUAUUCCUUCAGCUUCAUCAUUACCUCAAAUUGGUCGGGCAAGUCUGGCUAGUCCAGCACUUCCUCCAGAAGUCAAUGAUCCAAUCUCCUUGAUGAAUGAAAGAUCUAUUUUGGGUCUUCCGUUGUUUGUAAAACUCGUUCCUUUUGCUGUUCAUCAGGCUCAUAGUGUAUAUUCCGAUCGUAAAGAAAGAUUGGUAAAGGAAGAAAUCUUAUUUAAAUUGAACGAGUUAACAAAUGAUCAGAUAAUUCCACAAUUAAUAUUGGCAAAUUCACAAGAUGUUCGCAAUGAAGGUGGUGUAACAAGACUGAAUGCAAUGUUUGAUAGCAUACAAGAUGCAUCUCCAAAUAACAAUCAAAUUUUAGAUGAGGCAUUAAAUAUUUUAGAUCAAGAGGCCAUGGAGGAUGAAGAAUGGGAAAAGAAAUUUGGAGAAAGAUGGACAAGAAAGAAAUCUACUGUAGCUAAUAAAGAUUUGAUAGAUCAAGGGUUAAAUUAUCAACAAAUUCUUCAACAAGCGCUCAAAGGUGACUUGGCAGUCAAAAAUAAAUUAGAGCAAUGGAGUCAACACAUUGAAUCAUUAGGUUCUGAUAGGGUGACCCAUGCUAAUAUUGGAGAACGUAAUAAGAAUAUUGAAGAAAUUAAAAAAGUUUCUAAUCUAGAUGACAUUGGUCCUAAAUUACUCAAAGAGGCUGCAAAAAUUACUGCUAAUGGUACUGCGAUAAAAAUCGAGCCGGCGCACUUUGAAGAACUGUUCAUUGAAGAGUUGAAAAAAUAUGAUAAAUAUUUGGAGCUUGUUCAGAGUGAAACUGAAAAUCAAGAAAAAUUGUUAAGCAAUAUUGAGGUAAAUAAAAAUAGUUAA